AUGGCAUUCGCUAUGCCAUCGGCUAGCGAGGCAUUUGACAAUACUCGAUGGACUUGGCUUGGGUUCGGCCUUGUCCAAGAUGGGAAGGAAGAUAUUCGGAUGCCGGUACACAUGGGUUGCGACCCCAUGCAAUGCAUAGAUGGUUAUGUGGGACAUUCGGAAUACAUAUGUCGCCAAGGCUUGGGCAACAUGCAAGUAUGA